AUGCAUCGCCCCAGACUUCUAGGCAAUGGCCUCAGCAGGCUGGCGCGGGCUGCACAAUCCCGAAGCUAUGUGACCGAAGCCGACAUCGCCUCUGCCAGAAACUACUGCUUAAAGCAAUUACAAACAAGCGAUUAUGACGCCCACCUCAUCCGUCGAUUCGUCCCUCCCCCGGUCCAGGAUGCAUAUGCCGCGCUUCGGGCGCUCAACCUAGAGCUCGUGCGCCUCCCCGAAAUCGUCUCGAAUCCCACGAUAGGAUUGAUGCGCAUGAAGUUCUGGCAGGAAUCUCUCGACAAAACCUUCGCUGGGCAACCUCCUCGCGAGCCCAUUUGUAUCCUCCUCGACAAAAGUCUCCAAGACCUUGAGAAGCGAGCUGGCAGCGCGACGAAGAAGAGCAUCAAAUAUUGGGUCUCAAGGCUGAUCAAGACUAGGGAGAAGCAUAUGGAUAACCGUCCGUUUACCAGUCUAGCAAGUCUAGAGGACUACGGAGAGAAUACUUAUGCGACGUUGAUGUAUGCGACACUGGCCAUGAUGCCUCUGCGAUCGAUGCACGUGGAUCACCUGGCCAGUCAUAUUGGGAAAGCUUGCGGCAUUGUAGCAGUCCUGCGAGGCAUCCCGGUGUUGGCAGCUCCCGCGCAGCCAGUCCAGACGCCAUCCGGAUUCGAUGCGCCUACCACACACAAGCCCUCGCUGCUGCUGCCUUUAGAUAUCAUGGCAGAAGAGGGCGUAAAAGAGGAGGAAGUGUUCAGGCAAGGUCCCAAUGCCCCGGGACUGCAGGAGGCAGUUUUCAAAGUUGCUACAAGAGCAAACGACCAUCUCAUCACGGCGCGAGAAAUGCUUAAGAGGCUACAAGCGGGGCAGGAUCCAGGUCACGAAUUCGAGCAUCAAGGCGAAGGCGAACAUAUAUACGAAGAAGACGAUGAUGCGACACUAGAAUUGCGUCUGGUUGGAGGCUUCCCUGGAGGAUUUGGCAAUCAGUAUCUAAGCAUCGGUUAUGAGUUAAUGAGGGCUGGAAUUUUGCCCGAUUUCUCUCUAUCCACUGUGCGCAGUACAACAGUUCAAUCUAUUAAUGGUGCCACGUUCACAGAUCUCAACUGCCCAUUGGAAGGAUUUCACGCUGAGAUGUCAGCCGCACCGUCACAAGGAUUUCGGACCUUUGAAUAUCCACCCCAGCAGCCGCGGACAUGUAUAAUACAUCUUCGCCUUCUUUAUGCCUUCCGAGGCCUGGCGCUGCGUAUUGGCUACCAGGAUGGCCUGUUUGGUAUUGAAGAUGGCCGCAGUAAGAAGGUUGGCAUCAAUAGCGAGGAAACUGAAAGGGGAGAAUCCAAGUUGAGGGAGAAGAGAUGGGCUGUCUACCUUGCUCGUGCUGUUCAUCGCUACGAAACCUGGUGGAAGACUCUGGGCGGGAUUCCCCUCCAAGAAAUUGACAUGGAAUUGGUCGAUUGCGGGCGAUAUGACAGAUUUCCCGAGGUGGACAUUCCAAUGAGAAUGGAAUGGCACGAACUUGUUCCGCUUGAUGUCCUGUUAAUCUGGCAUACUCAUAUCCUAAACCCCAGAAACUACCUUGAGGAUGCGAUGCGUCGAGGUCUACCGAAAUUAUGGGUUGGAGGCAUCCCCUGGGAUCUGAUCGACCUUUGCAUCUCUAGUGACCCGAAUUCCUUGUUUGAGUACCAGGCUCCCGAGGAAGCUAAGAACAAUUGGACUUCACAGACAGGUCUAGAAUGGGACAACUUGGAUGGCUCGCCAUACAUCGAGCUCGCAUGCCCAGUCUGCAAAGAAAUAACUCCAGUUCCUUGGACGACUUGUGAACUGGUAGAGCAGCCCCUGGCUUCGAGCUCAAACGCCAAGACAGCCUCGAUAGCUAGCCAGCUUAAAAUCAUAGGAAACGGUUAUGGCGAUGGAGACUUCAAGCACAGGUGCCCUCAGUGCAACAUCAUGACUGAUGCAGACCUGCUCUGCGUCGCCAAGUUCGCCAGGGAUGCGGAAAACUUGGUCGAAAACGGAUGGCCCAUGCCCGGCACGUUGCUCUCGCUUGCGACGGGGAUGCCAGAAUCCAGUAGACGGAGCGGAGGCGCUCUCAAAUCAAAGUCUGCGCUCACAAGCCCAAAUCGUCUCGCUCGACAUGUUCUCGCUUCCCGAGUGAGCGUGAUGAUGAAGCAGUGGCGAGUGCGCGAGAAGAAACCAACGAUGGAGGACAUCCGCACGCUGAUAACUACUUUAAUCGAGGAGCCUUCGACGUUGUCAGUGAUGGCCAACAGCGAUUCGGAGGUGAUCGUCACUCCAAGGGCCGCUGCGCACCUUCGAAAGGUGCUUGCCAGCUAUUCGGACAGCAACUGGUCCUCAUUUGGGCUUGACCUACGCGCAGCCGUGAUCCGGCAGGGCCUCUUCAUUGACAAGAUGUACAAGUUCGACUGGCUCCAUAGCCCAGCUCUAAUGGAGACAAUGGAGCGAUCGGUCUUGAAGUACUCUCGCUUCCUCGAGAUCGCCAAGAAACAUCCGGACAAAAUGGUCGUUCCUACUCUUGACCUUGACCUGGCUUGGCAUACACAUCAACUUAGCCCUCAAGACUAUUACCGUACGACGACCAGGGAGCUUUCCAAGUUUCUGAACCAUGAUGACAAGGUCGAGGACAACAAACUUUCAGCCUCCUUUGAGUGGAUGUGCGAGACAUAUUUCGAACUUUAUGGCGAGAUCUACUCAACUUGCAUUUGCUGGUAUUGUGAAGCCGUAAGAGGAAGCCAGACAUCCAGUAUCAGUAUCAUGCUGGGCAAGUCAAAGAGACAGCAAGCGCUCAAAGACCUGUACGCCCAACAAGACCUCACAUCCUGCGACCCAGGCCCUCACAUAUCCGCCCACAACGCCGUCAAGGUCACAGUCGCCAGGCCGUCCCUGCGCCACUGGAGCGCCACGCAAUUCCUCCAGAUGCACGCACAGCGCCGCGAGGCGGGGAAAAGCAGAGCCGCCAAGAUCGCCAAGAAGAAUGGCAGGAAAUCCCCAAGCAAGGAGCAGUACUACGAUCACUGGGGCUACCCAUUCUUGCUGCCGGGGCCUUGGGUUUGCCCGGUGUACGUGGACGCGCACAUGUACCCGAGCAGUAUACCUAUGCCCCCGUCAUCAGCGUCAAUCAAUGCUGACGGAAAUAUCGGAGGUUGCAUUGCAGCCACCACCAUGCUGUACGAAUUAAUCGGAGUGGUCCGCCAAGGCAGCUUGACCGAAGUCAGGGAAAUCGCUCAGACUGUCGGCUCCCUUGUUGUCAAGAAUGGCGGCGUCAUCCGCGGCCUCGCCAAUUGGGGCGUGUUCGCCCUCCCUCGCCCCGUUUCCAUCCAUCAGAUGAGGCACACCCACGGCCACUACUUCGUUAUGCGAUACGACGCCUCGACCAAGGUGCACCAAGAUGUCCGCUCCACCCUCCGCUUAGAGCCCAGAAUGAUUCGGUCGGCACACGUCAAGCUCGGCGAUGGAAAGCUUGAGACCCUUGCGCGAUUCGGGUCACCCAAGUGGCAAGAGUCGAGAUCAUAA